GGACGCCGUGGUGGGAGCGGUGUGUGUGUUGUGUGUGAUUGGGUGUAUGAAUAUUAUAAGUGUGGGUCCAGUCUUCUUCUUGUCACGCCUCUGUUACUACGUCAGAUCAGGCGGAGAACGACUAUGCCCCGUUCAGCCUCUGUGCGUACUCAGAAUGCAGUAACAGAGUCCUAAAUACCGCACCUUCAGCUGGCGCUCUGUGAGCACAGAGUAUCUCUCUCUUUGUGUUAGUUUCUCAGAGUGAAGGCGUUAAGCUUCUCUCACUGCCUCGCUGUCUAUCUAGACCUAAAUGUUUUCUCUUCUUUCCUGCAGGUACAACUUUUAAGGAACCUUCUGCAGCUGUCUGUGGGUCAGAGAUCUGUUCAUUAUGGAUAUCAGCAUCGCCGUGUCACUGAUUCGAGGUCAGAUGGGCACCGUGGUGGAGCAGGCGGUGAACGGAGCGGUGGAGACGGUGCUGGCUGAGAUGCUCAAAGUGGUCGGAGUGAAAUUCGAGGAACUGAAAGGCCAAGUGGCUCACAUGAAGAGGGACAUCGCGGUGCUGCAGAGGGAGAAGGCCCUCAAAGAGAAAGAGAACGACAACAUUAAAGCCAAGCUGCGCUACACGGAGCUGAAGCUGAAGUACUACCGCCAGGGAGUGGAGGAGGAGCUUCAGCAGAGAGCCACGUCGUCCAAUCUGGUCCGUAUCCAUCCGUCAUCGUACCUUCCUUCACAGAGAGGGGGUGCGAGCGUUUCCUCCUCGGAGACCUCUCCGUCAUGCUCGACUCAGACCAGGACCAACGACGGAUCACUGACCAGAAACAAUCAAGAAUUCCCGUCUCCACACACCAAGAGGAGGCAUUCAGCCAAAGCUCGCUGUCACUCAGAAGUUUCCCCCUCAGACCCGAUUGAGCUGCAGCUGGCGGCCUCGCUCCCUGUGAACACACCUGCAGAGUCUGUGGACAGCAGCACAGUUUUGUUCUCUCCCACCGAGCAAGACACGCCUCGGAGCCAGGAUGACGAUCAGGAGGAUUGUGAGUGGAGCAUCACCGUGGAGCCGUUCCCAGAAGCUGCGGACGAUGCCGUGGACCCUCCUCAUGUCCAGACUCUAAAUCUGGACUCUGAGCAGCAGCAGUCAGGAGGAGCUGGCUCUCUGUCCCCGGAUGGAUCCACCCACGCUGAUAGCUCCACUCUGCCCUCUGCUACCCCACAGGUGAAGCAGGAGCCCCAGCAGCAGCAGCAGCAGGAGGUGAUCUGCAUUAAAGAGGAGCCAGAGGAGGAACAGGAAGUGACAGCUGCCCUGCUGCUGGACUGCCAAGAGCAGCAGAGUCAUCCUCCAGAGUCCGAGAUCAAAAGCUCUGAUUGGUCAGAACAUCAAGAAAACCAAAGGAGUCAAAUUUCAGCCUUCAGCACAAACUCAUAUCUGAUGGCGACGCCGGCGUCCUCCCUUCAGCCCAUCAUCCCCCCUCGCCAGUCAGAUCAACAUCCCUGGACCAACGACCUCAGCCUUUAUGAAGAGUACAAAAUGCGCAGGAACGAACUCCGUCGGAUGAACCUGAACAGACGACGGGAGCUCGAGAAGAUGCUGCCUCAGCCUCUGCUGGCCGACCUGGUGCGAGAGCGUCGAGAGAAGACCAGGUUGAGGGUCGCCAGAUGGAGGGCAAAGAGGAAACUCCAGGCGGGUCUGAACCAGAUUCAGGCUGAAGGUGGUGCUGUAGGUCUUUCUCCGAAUGGCUUCCCCAUCAGCAGCCAGCAGCAGCAGCAGCUCAGAGAGCCUUGUGCUGCCUCCUCCAGCGCUCAGCAGAGACAGAGCUCCCUGCUGCCUCCGUCCAGCAGCUUCCUCAACAACAGUCUACCCUUCAUACCCUCCUCCUCCUCCUCCUCCUCCUUGUCUUCUGCUCUCCACCUGAGUGGCUCCAGCAUGGCUCUUCAUCAGCACACUGUCACAUCAUCAUCGUCAUCCUCUUCAUACCCGCAGCAGGUCGGCCUAUCACAGCACGACAUCUCUCUGAUAGACUCUGAUAUCAUCCAGUGCCGUGUUUAAAAUGAGAGACGUGUUCAGGAGGUGUCGGACUCUCCUGCAGGAUAUAACGAGCAGACAUCUUUGUUUGUGUUUGCAGUAAGUAGACUCAGUAGUAAACAGUUUGUGCUUGAAGUACUUGGUGUGGUGUCUCAACACAAUAAGAGUCUGAGAGGCUGCAUGCUUCAUAUUCUUUACUGAGCCCGGAUCACAAAGUUUCACUCCACAAUGUUAAAACUAAAAGUCCCUGAAUCUUCAACAGUCUGUACUGAACUCAACAUUUUAAGACUCAGUUACACAAAACAUUUAGUGUUGAUCAAACUACAUCAAGUGUGAUGAAUUCAAAUACUGAAAACACACAUUCAGAAUCACAUCGACCGACCUGAGCGUUAUUGCUUUGCAUUUUAAAGCUUUUACUGAUAUGUAAAUGUGGACUCCUUCAAAAUAAGAGCCUCUGUAUCCGUCUGCACAUGUUUACUGUUCAUGUAUUUCAAAGUGGAUUUUAUGUGAUGGUAAUGAAACACGGCGCCAUGCAGACGAACCGUCGUCGUAGUUUUUAGUCAGCAGGUGAAUGUCUUUUAAAUGUCGGACCGAGAGUUUCACUGUGUGGUGGAUUUCUGUGAGUCAGUCCCUCCAGGAAGUUGCAAUGUUACCAUGCAGCAAAUUCAACCAAUCCCCAGCCUUUAUGUGAGCAUGCACUUUUCUUCAACCAGCCUAUUUCAUUCCUACAGAUUGCAAAUCUGUGUGCACAUUUUGAAUUUGCAGAUGCCUUUUUAUUUUUAUCCAAGCUGAGCCGUCGGGCGCUCAGUCAUAAUUUAUCAUUUUAGGCUGCAGCAAUAAAAACACAGCGAAUCCUGGA